GUUGCUAUGGGGAAAUAGAGGCCUUACUGUUUACUAUUCAUCCAAUCAUUUUUAUUCUGUUUCUCUCCAUAGUACUGCUGGGCGUGAGGAUGAACGGCAGCCAAUCAAACCUGUCUCUGAAGUGUGUGCGUGACACCAGCGUGACGGCGGUGGUCUUCCCCUGUCUCUACAGCGCCCUCUUCCUGUUUGCGCUGGUACUCAACUGCCUGGCUGCAUGGAUCUUCUUCAACAUCCGUAGCACCACCACCUUCGUGGUCUACCUGAAGAACGUAGUGGUGGCAGACCUGCUGAUGACCCUGUCCAUCCCGGUGAAAGUCCUCGCGGACACGGACGUAGGCUCCUGGCGUCUGCGUGCGUUCUACUGUCGCUACUCCGCCGUCCUCUUCUACACCACCAUGUACAUCAGCAUCCUGCUCCUGGGGCUCAUCAGCCUGGACCGCUACCUCAAGAUAGUCAGGCCCUUCGGGAAGUGCGCCCUCCAGAGGGUCGGGGUGGGACAGGCCUUGAGUGUGGCCGUCUGGGCUGUGAUGGUGUCUCUGGCUCUGCCCAAUACCAUUCUGAGUGACCGCACACCGUCGGGUUCUCCUGGUCGGCUGAAGUGUACCUCUCUAAAGGGUCAGGCCGGUCUGCUGUGGCACGAGGGCUUCAACUACUUCUGCCAGGUGGUGUUUUGGGGAACACUGGCUCUGAUGUUGUUGUGUUACACUUUCAUCAGUCGUAAAGUCUACGAGUCCUACAAAGCCUCGCGUAGUGGCUCCAACGCGGCCAGCCGCAGAACCAAGGCCAAGGUCUUUGUGGUGGUGGUGGUGUUUUUCGUUUGUUUCGCCCCUUUUCAUUUCGCCAGAGUGCCCUACACUCUUACCCAGACCCGAAAAACAGCCAACCACUGCUGGGCGCAGAACGCGCUCUACGUUGCCAAGGAGACCACUCUCUGGCUCUGUGCCACUAACGUGUGUCUGGACCCGCUGAUCUAUGUGUUCCUGUGCAGGGUGUUCCGGAAAAGAUUGACAGACGUGCUCAAUCGCAAGCCCCACCCCCAGGGUGCUUUGGAGUCGCCCACGGCAACCUCUACACAUUUGGAGAUGUCACAGAUGGUGAAUAACAGAAUACUGGAUGUCAGCUUGGCCUAGAAGCACAACAAUGUACAUUAUUUUGUAGUUUAUUUUCCCCCAGCCUGUUGAAUUGUAGAUGUAACUUGGCCUGAUGUUAACCCCUGGACAGAUUGUGACCAGAGGAAAGCCUUCAAAACUGACUGAGCACUUUUAGAAAAAGCGAGUGUGACAAUUACAUGCAUGAAAAAAAUAUAAUGUUCUUUGUGUGUAUCGUUUGGGGCGAUACAGUCACAUGAGAUAAAAUACAUUUACAAUCUAAAUGUUGUACAAAAACACAUUAACUCACACACGACAUACACAUUUCAUGCAAAGUCCAAUCUGUACACAAAUACUGAAGGGGAAGAAUGGUUGGUUUAAUAAAUAAUACGUUUGUGAGAAUAUAGUGGUGUA